AUGAAGCUUCAAUACCUUUCGUUACUGCCGUUGGCAUCAAUCGCUAGCGCUAGCUGGUCGAAGAACCUCAACUACCGUUCGCCUUCAGAACACCACCCAGCUCUCGGUGUCUCAAUUCACAAGGUGGUCAAGAGGAACGACCCAGCGAGCAGCUAUGCCGCCUCUAGCUUGAACUUCACCCAUGGUGUCGCUUCAGGCGACCCGUACCCCAACAGCGUCAUUCUUUGGACCCGUGUCGCACCACAAACCGAUAACUCGCAGUCCAACCUUACGGUCACUGGCUACGCACCGCUAUUCGACCAUGACAACGAGAAGUACGUCCGAGUCUCCAAAGCGCCGGUGUGCGUCGAAUACAAGGUCUACGACAACAAGAACUGUUCUACAGUUGUCGAUUCUGGAAAAGUGUUCACCAGCUCCGAUGUAGACUUUACCGUCAAGGUCGAAGCCAAGAACUUGAAGGCGUACAGCACGUACUACUACCAGUUCAAUGUCUGCGGUUCGGAGAACAAGAGUACGCUUGGACGCACAAAGACGACACCGAAUGCCGACGACGAUAUUACGGAUGUUAGUCUUGCUGUAUACAGUUGUGCAAACUAUCCCUUUGGUUUCUUUAAUGCUUAUGGAAAUACUGUUCGAAAGGACUCUGUUGACUAUGUUGUUCAUCUUGGUGAUUACAUCUAUGAGUACAAAAAUGGAGACUACGGGUGGGGUAACUCGAUCGACCGCAUUCCUCAGCCAGACCACGAAAUUUUCACUCUUUACGACUACCGAAGGAGGCUUGCCACCUACCGAACUGACCUCGAUCUGCUUGCCAGCCACGAGCAGUUCCCAUGGAUUCCUGUUUGGGAUGAUCAUGAGGUUGCUGAUAACACCUGGCGAGACGGCAUGUCCGAACUCAACAACACUGAAGACUCCUUCCUCCGCGAUGGCGGUGUAUCAGUUGACCAGCGCAAGAUGAAUGCAGUCCGAGCCUACUUCGAAUGGAUGCCGAUCCGUCAAGUCGACAUGGACGACAACCUCCGCAUCUGGCGUUCCUUCUCCAUCGGAAAGCUCGUCGAUCUAAUGAUGCUGGACACCCGCCAAUAUGACCGUUCCAUCACUGAUCUCUACUGGAACACAGACUACGUUCACGACAUCUCCAACGACGCAGGUCGCUCCUUGAUGGGCUCGCGACAAGAAAACUGGUUCUACCGCAGCCUCUCAGAGUCUGCCGAGCGCGGCGCAACAUGGCGCAUCGUGGGUUCUCAAAUCGUCUUCUCGCGCGUCAAUCAAUCCGCCGCAUAUGGAGCAGAUAACCCAUUGAACUACGAUGCAUGGGAUGGGUAUCAAUCAAACAAGAACCGUACACUUAAUCACUUGUACAGCAACAACAUCAACAACAACAUCUUCCUUGCAGGCGACAGCCACGCAUCCUGGGUCAGCGACCUCGUCUGGCUCGACGAAAAGAACUACAGCUCUGCCACAGGUGCGGGAAGCAUUGGUGUCGAAUUUGCUGGCUCAGCGGUCACAUCUCCUUGUCCCUACGGUGCCAACAUCAGCCUCGCUACCGCUAACAACUACUCCUCCAUCAUCCAGUCCGCCAACACUGAACUUCAGUGGCAGGACCUUUACUACCGUGGUUACUUUGAGUUACAUUUCACGCACGAGGAGGUUACGGCGAACUUCUUCGGUAUGCCGACUGUAGUGAGUCGCAAUGGCUGGGAGAUUCCUAUUGCCAACUUCACGGUUAAGAGUGGGGAGAACCGACUGCAAAGACCUGUUGCAGGAGGAAUUGUGGAGAGUGGAAGUCUGAAGGGAGGCAAGACGGUGCAGACUAAUCUGACGAUUGAUACUAACAAUGGGACGUGGUUUGUUAGUCACGCGGAUUUGGAGGUCUUGUAG